AUGGCGCCGAGGGGCUGCGGGCCUGGCAAGGAGGGCCUCACAACGCAGGUCAUGGAGGACGGCGCCGAGAACUCGCCUGCAGCGGCGAAGGCUGCCCAGAUGGAAGGCACGCCGUAUACCCCCACGAAUCCCCCGGGGAGGAACGGCAGCCUCUCUGCUUUCAAAACGCCCAUGACCUCACCGCCUCGCCAAGGACUUUCCCUUCGCCUGCUCACCACCCACGCCGCCACAGCCGCGCACACGCCGACGGUACGCCCGUGUUCAUCGGGCGUAUCGCCCCCUAACGCUGGCUUACUGGCCACUCCCACGCCGCUGCAUCGGGCGCACAGGUGGAGGGGCUCCGGUGCGACCCCAGGCUGGGAGAGCCUGGGGGAGAUUACGGGCUUUCCUACGCCGGUGAAACUGUCGCCCAUACCCACGAAAGGGUAUUCGGCGUACCCCGAGCUUGUGGCCACCGCCACCGCUGCGGCAGAAGCGGCCACCCUGACCUCCACGCCUUGUGCGUCCGGCUCGCCGUUCCCUGUAGUAUCUGCAGUGCAGGGCGACGGUCACGGAUGCGAUGAUGACAAACUCGACGCGGCGACGCCGGCUGCAAUAGCGAAUGCCUUUGAGACAGCAGAGAACGCUCGCGCAUCGAGGUGUCAGGCGACCGGGGUAUUUUUCUCUGAAGGUGGGGGUGUGCCACCGCUCUCCGACGGCAACAUUGCCGACUACCUGAGCAGCGCCCACAGCAUCAGCACUAUCGGUUCAGAGUGCUCUGUGUCACCGAUCCGCGUGCGGGCCCGCCAGACAACGCGCGUGUGGACGCCGCACCCGAGCGAGGUGUCGCAGCAGCAGCAUCCAACACCGCCGCCGUCAUCCAUUGAGGGCCACUCCUCGCGCUUCCUCAGCGACUUUCCUUCGAGCGCUGCUGUGCACCAGCCGCCACCGCAGCAACAGCAACCGAGCGUCUUGCGCGCCUCCCCUAUCGUUGGCGCUGUCCGUAUCUUUCUAUGCGAUCACGCCUUCUCCGCUCACAGUAGCCCAUCUCGCACAGCGCUGCAUUCCGAACGGGCCGCCGAAGAGGCGUCCGAGGACUUGACAGCGAUGUCGUUGAUGUUCACGGAGGCGCAGGCGCAGCCAUUGCACCAGCAGCCCCAGCAGCUGUUCCCCCCCGAUGCGGCGACGGGUGACCUUGCGCUGUUGCACAUGCCUGCUGAUCACUCUGCAGGGGGGUGGGUCACCCCCCGUUAUGUCGCCGACACGCUGAGCCUCGGUACGCCGACAGUGUCCAUGAUUCAGUCACCAGCGCAGGCACUUGGCGAGAGCUGCUGCUCUCUCGUCAUGCCUCCAGCAGCGCAGUACAUUCACGCUCUGCCCAUUCCCGGACUUCAGCGGCGGAACCCGCCCGUCGCACGCGCCGCGCAGCACGCGGGCCUCGCUGUGGAAGGCGUCGGUGGCGAGAGCGAUGCACCCGCUCUCGCCAAUGAGGCACGUCAGAACCGCAGACGCCAGCCGCAGCACCCUGCGCUGAUGUCACCCGCACUCAGCGACGGUGAGGAGGAAAACUGCACACCGUGCUUCACAGUGGCGUCGUCUUCGGCCAAGCCACCGCCGCCGCGUGUGCAGGCGUCGCCGCUGGUGUCAUUGGAUGCCAGCCCGCCGCUGGAGGCAAAGCAGCCUCUGUUCUCAAAGCCAGCGAAGGCCCAGUGCGAUGCAAGCGUACAGUGGGGCACUUCGUUCACUACGUGCUUACGGUCUCGCAUAGUCCACCAGGAGUCAGGUCGGCUUGAUAGCAGCGCCCGGACAGCGCCACGGUGUGCCUCGUCGUUCGCGAGCCAGCUGCAGCGGCCGUCGUCCUCAAAGGGCCCUGCUACAUCACCGCAGGCAUGCCAGCAACCGCACCUCGGACUGCCGUCCACCAAAGACACGUCGCGCAGCGUGGAGGUGUCGUACGUGCGAUACCGUCCCACUUUGACAUCCAUUUCAAACUGCGCCACCCACUUUAUUGACUCCUGGCUUUGA